UGACUCACUGACUGGCUGAGGUGCCCGUGUGUGUGCCCGUUCCGGUGCCCUGUGCCCCUGGUUCACCCUCCUCUUAUUGCGUUGGCAUUGGGUGCAUCCGAGGUCCGGCGCUGGCUCAGGCUUCGGGGCUGUGGGCUCCGCCCGGCAGGAUGGCAGCCAUGCCCUUCGUCAGCGAGGGCAAGUGUGUGAGCGUGGAGUGGGACUUCCUGCAGGGGCUACUGGCCAAGCCCCCCACGCUGCCCUGCCUGCAGAACCUUCGGAAGGAGAAGUCUCGCAACGCGGCUCGUUCCCGCCGGGGGAAGGAGAACUUUGAGUUUUUCGAGCUGGCCAAGAUGCUCCCGCUGCCCGGCGCCAUCACCAGUCAGCUGGACAAGGCUUCGGUCAUCCGGCUGACCAUCAGCUACCUGCACAUGCGACACUUCGCCAGCCAGGGAGACCCGCCCUGGAACCCCCUGCUGGAGGGAGAGAGUAACUGCGCCAAAGUGCGGCGGACGGCCCAUUCCUUGGCUUCGGACAUAUUUGAACAGCAUCUCGGAGCACACCUGUUGCAGUCGCUGGAUGGCUUUGUGUUUGUGGUGAGCCAGGAGGGGAGAUUCCUGUACAUCUCAGAGACUGUGUCCAUAUACCUGGGCCUGUCACAGGUGGAGCUGACGGGCAGUAGUGUGUUUGACUACAUCCACCCGGCCGACCACGUGGAGAUGGCCGAGAGACUGGGCAUCAGGCCACACCUACGGGCGGAGGCAGGGUGCCAGGUGACCAAUGAGAGUGCUUCCAGCUCGGCCUCCACGCCCUCAUUGGCUGGGACCCCAGAACCAGGUCCGUCCAGUCCCUUGAACCCUGCUGAUGAUCUGCUGGAACGCGGCUUCUUCAUCCGCAUGAAGUCCACCCUCACCAAGCGCGGACUCCACGUCAAGUCCUCCGGCUACAAGGUGAUCCACGUGACGGGUCGGAUUCGCUGUCGCCCGGCGCUGGUGCCCAGCACCGGUCGCUCGCUGCGCCGGCCGCUGGGAUUGGUGGCGCUGGCACACACGCUCCCGCCCUCCACCCUCAACGAGGUGCGCAUGGAGAGCCAGAUGUUCGUCUGCCGCGUCAACAUGGACCUGCAGGUCACCUACUGCGAGAACAGGAUCUCUGAGUAUAUGGACCUGAGCCCUGCGGAGGUGGUGGGGCAGACCUGCUACCAUUUCAUCCACGUGGAGGACCUGGAGAACAUCAGGCAGAGCCACGAAGACUUGUUGCGUAAGGGCCAGGUGGUGACGGGUUACUACCGUUGGCUGCAGAGGAGGGGGGGCUACCUGUGGGUCCAGUCCUGUGCCACCGUCUCCAUCAACCACAAGGCGCCCCACGAGCGCAACAUCAUCUGGGUCAACUACGUCCUCAGUCGUACAGAGCUGCCUGACAUGGCGUUGGAUUUACUACAACUCCCAGAAGGCCUCAGGGCAGAGCGACUGGAGCGUGCCAGCUCAUCCCCUCAUAACAUCUCCCCAAAGGCUGCAGGUACUGUAUGCGAACAUCUCAUUAACACAUGAUAUCACUCACAGUCGGAGCUGAAACAAGCCUACGCCCACCCGCCUUCCAGCCAAUCGGAGGAGCGGAGGAAGCGGGCGCGUCGACACAGCCCCUCCCCCGACGGAGCCCCUCUGGGAGCGCGGAGGCGCGUGCAGGAGUUCCGCCCGCGCGAGGACAGCCCGGCCGUCUCCUCCGAGCCCGGGAGCGAGAGCGACGCGGAGGAAGAGGAGGAGGAGGAGGAGGAGGAGGAAGACGAGGAGCGGGGGAGCGCCUGGGGCGAGCAGCAGGAGGGAGGCAGGGGCAAGAGGGGCAAGGGCGAGGACAUGGGGGCGGUAGCCAAGGCGGCGGGGGCGGCAGGGGUCGGGGGCAACAGAAUCCACAACGGGCGAGCGGUCAUCAGGCAGCUGCGGAGCGCCGUGCCCUCGGCCGUCUCCCCGGGCAUCAAGAUGGAGAGGGACGCGGCCAGCAUCAGCAGCGUGGGCGUCGGCGUGGGCGGAGGAGGAGGAGGAGGUGUAGGAGGCCUGGUGGCCACAGGAGGGCGCUGGUCCACACACACCCAGCCCUCCUCACACACGCCCACCCCCGGCAGCCUGGCCGAGGCCAGCAGUCCCCCCGCCCCGGCGACCGACCCCUCCGACGCCCCGCCCAAGCCCCUGUACCCCCCGCCGCCGCCCUCCUCCGUCUCGCCCCCGGGGCUCUCGCCGCCCUCGCGGGACGAUCGGGGGGUGCUGGGGUCCCACGGCGGGGGCGGUCGAGUGGCGGACUUCGAGCUGCUCCAGAGACUGACGGCGGCGGCGGCGGCUGGCGGAGGGGCCUCGGGGCGGGUGCUGUUCCACCCGCUGGCCCUCGGCCCCCAGGGGCCCCAGAGCCUCUACGCCCCCAGCACCAUCCGCUACGCCCCGCCCGAGCUGCCCCCGUCGCACCCGGCCUCGUCCCCCUCCUCCUCCGCCGCCGCCCAGGGCCUGCGCUCGGACCACGCGGCCAAGGCCGCCGCCUUCUUCCCGCACCUCCAGCGCAUCGCGGCGCUGCCCCCCUUCAGCGGCUUCUCGGCCAGCGAGGCGGCCUUCUCCGCCGGCCUGCCCUUCUGCAUGAACGGCCUCAGGGGAGCCACGGGACCGGAGGAGGACUGAGAGAGAGGGGGAGGAGAGAGAGAGAGAGAGAGAGGG